CAGCCGCCACUGCCGCAGAAACCAGACACAGACCGAGAAGCAGGCCGCCCUCGCCAAAUAGCCUACAAAGAGGAUUGAAAAGGGAAGGGGAGGAGGAUGACAGGAAUACUAAUCCAAUUCCCUUUCAUUACCGCAUAGUAGGCUAGCCUAUCUUCACCCUCCCCCGCCUCUUUCUCUGGGUCAGUAAAAACAAUGAAUUGAUACAUUUAAGAUACCAAAUAGUCCCUCUACACUGCGACGAUAUAAAUAAAUAAUUUGCCAAUGCGGUGUUCCGCCCGUCUGUCUCAGGGACGACUGCGCAUCUUUGUGGCUGAAUGCCGGAAAAGGCUAUGUCGAUGUCCCGACUGGGAGACUUAGCCUAUUGCCCAACAUAUUUUAUCAUUUUGUAAACCACAGUCAAAUAUCAUCGAUUCUAACAUGUGUGCAGGGAGAAAAAAAUCUAAGCAUUCUGUUGGCCCAUGUACCGCUGCAUCAGUCGCGUCCUGCUGAAGCAUGUCUCGUCGGAAACAGAAACGACCCCAGCAGCUCAUGAGCCCGCUCCCUGCCGCCUCUCCAAUACUAGAGCAUGAUGACCAGUUGGCAGUGAAGUCAUUUUCCUUUCCUCUGACCACAGACUCCUCCUCUUCUUCAUCUUCCUUCUCUCCUCAAAGAUACCACCCCCCCCUGGCUCAAGGUCCCAACUUCGGGGGGCUUCACACCCCCUCUCUACCAAGCGAGGGCUCCCCCCUCUCCCGCUCCCCCUGCCAGCCCACUCCCUGCCCCAUCUCCCUCGCAGACCCCCAGUCCUCCCUCUCCCCUGACUUCCCCGAUCCCUCCCUCUCCUCCCAGACAGUCCUGAGCCUCCCCGACCUCACCUCCACGUCACCUUCCAAUCAGACCCACCCUCCCCGCUCUCUCAUGGCCUCUCCCAAGCUAGGCGUGUCAGCCACUACCACCUCCUCCUCCUCUUCAUCAGCUUCCCUCUGCCCCCCGCCCCACCCCGGCAGCCCUAGCCCCGUUCCAGAGGGCCCCCCCAGCCCCGUGACGCCCUCCCCAAGCCCGGGCACUGCCUCUGCCCCUCCACCCCGUGCCCACCUUAGCAUUGCAGUGAUCCUGGAAGAGCUGCGGGUGCUGCAGCAGAGGCAAAUCCACCAGAUGCAGAUGACGGAGGAGAUCUGCAGGCAGGUGCUGCGGCUGGGUGGGGCCUCCUGUGCCCUGGAGGUGCCCCAGAUCCUCCUGCCUCCUCUGCCCCAGCUCUGUCUGGAGGGCAGUGAGAGGACGUCCAGUCCUCCCCAGCCUACACCCACUCAGCCUCCUAACACUGUAGCCCCUCUCCUGGCCUGCUUCUCCACCUUGCUCCCUCCCCAGCCUGCCUCCAAGCCCUCCAAGCCCAGCCACAGCCUGUCCCAUGUCCUGCGUCCACACAAGCCUCAGACGGAGGGUGCAGGAGGGGCUACUGGGUCUUAUCUUUACCCUGGGACCAGUGUCCGCCCUUCCUCCUCCUCUUCUUCCUCCUCGGCCUCGUCUGCCAUCUCCACCAUGGCUUCCUCCAACUACCCCCUGGCCCUCUCCCUGGCCUUGCCCACUCGUUUCCUCCAUGAGAAAUCCCCCAACACCACCUUAACCAGUGGCCACAGUGGUCUGUCCUUCCUCACCCCGCCCCUGCCCACCACUGCCUCUAUGGCACCCCCCUCCUCUCAGGAGCCCCACCUGUCUGUCUCCUCAGCGGGGUCCUCAUCCUCCUCCCUGGGGCGUCUGCAGCAUGCCUGUCGGUUCUGUGGGAAGCUGUUCAGCAGUGACUCGUCCCUGCAGAUCCACCUGCGCUCCCACACGGGUGAGAGGCCCUACCAGUGCCCUGUCUGCCUCAGCCGCUUCACCACCCGCGGCAACCUCAAGGUUCACUUCCUCCGCCACCGCGAGCAGAACCCAGAGCUCUCGCUUUCCCUCCUCCCCCCCUCCCUAUUUGGAAUGGGUAUGGGACCAGUGGGGGGGUCUGAGCCCCAGGGUCAGCCAAUGAGCAGCACUGGCCUGAGCGUAAGCGCAGCGCAGGCUCAGAGGCGUCGUAAACGGCGAGCCGAGGAUGACCCGUAUGGAGACGGUAUGGAGGUGGAUGGUGCCGGAGGGGGAUUUUCUCUGGGGAUAUCCACCGGUGCUCCCCCCUCUUCACUCCCCCUGCCCCCCAGUGUGGACCUGGCCCUCAUCUCCACCGCCCACUCCCUCCUGCGGCUCAACCAAGCCGCUGCUGCAGCGGCCGCUGCCUCCAUAUCCUCUGCUGCUUCCUCACUCACAUCCUCUUCUUCUUCCUCUGCGUCCUCCUCCCUCGCCUCCUCUCACCUCUCUGUCCCCUCCUCGGCCGCCUCCGCCAUUGCUGGGUUCUUUAAAGGGGCCAAGCAGCAGUGCUUUGAUGAGAACACGCCUCCUCACCUUCCCAUGAUGUCUCACUCUGCUUACUCCCAGCUGGCCCACCUCCCUAAACUCCUCUUCCCCUCUGGUUCCCCCCACCAUCACCCUGCCUUGGGCCUACUCCGCCCUCCACCCCCUGCUCCAGGCUCUUCCCACCUCUCCUCCACCCACUCUCAGCUCUCCUUCCCCUUCUCCCACUACCCCAAAGCCCAGGCCUUCACCACCUCCACCUCCUCCUCCACUCCCUCCUCAGACACCUCCAAGUUGCAGCGGCUGGUGGAAAAGCUGGAGAAGGAGCCUCCCACCUCCUCUUCCUGGGCCUCCUCCUCAGGAGAGACCUCUCACAGCAGCAUGGCCUCCACUGGGUUGUUCAGCAGCGGCCUCAUGGGUGCUAGUACCUCCAGUACCUACGUGAUGGCCUCCCCAUCAUCCUCCACCCACGUCCCCACCUCUGUCUCCAACUUCACCAGAGAGAUGGUGGCCGCUCUGGGCAUGAGUGCCAACGGGGGCAGCGCUCUGGCAGGCGCCAUUCUCCCCGGCCUAGGCAUCAUGAGCACUGGCUCCCUGGCCCCCAACCAGUGUGGGGUAUGUCUACGUGUGCUGAGCUGCCCCAGGGCACUGCGUCUGCACCAGGCCACCCACCUGGGUGAGCGCCCCUUCCCCUGUAAACUGUGUGGACGCUCCUUCUCCACCAAGGGCAGCCUGCGGUCCCACCUGGCCACCCACCGUGCCCGCCCGCCCAACUCCCGUGCCCAAAACUCCUGCCCACUGUGCCAGCGCAAGUUCACCAAUGCACUGGUGCUGCAACACCACAUCCGCAUGCACCUGGGAGGGCAGCUGCCACCGGAGGGAGCUCCGGAGUCUCUGUCAGAGCCAAUAGCAGAGCCAGACGCUGUAUCCCAGCCCAAGCCCAAUGACACCUCCGAUGUUUCUUUUGAGAGGUUCACUGCAGCCUCAGGCAGCCAGUCAAAGAGCUCAGCAGCGUCCACCCACAUUCAAACCCUAGUAGGAGCCUCUGCCCCCAUAUCCGUCAGUGUGACAUCACCAGCGUGUGUCGGGGAGCCAAGCAGAUCUCACUCCUCCAGCCCUGACCUGAUCCCACCCUCUGACCUCAGCCCUGACCCUUUCCUAAACCCCACCUCACUUACCCCUCCGCCUGGCAGCGCAGACCCCCCGGUCCUGUGUGUCAGCGUGCCCUCCCCACCUCCAGCCCUGGGCGAUUCAAGCUCCCCAGUCAGUGAUGGCAAACAUGCGGAACUCCUUGAUACAACCAUUGAUACUCCAGCGAGUAAGACAAGCCCCGCUCACACUUCCUCCAGUGUUCUCAAAACCACCCCCUUGUCCAGUCUCAUGAUGUCAGACUGUCUAUUGGGUGAGAAUUCCAUUCCUCUCGAUGUCUUCUUCCCUGGCCCAAGAUCAAACCUGGAAGAUCUACUGAGCACUCCAACACUUGGUGCACCAGUAGCACACCCUAGCCCAGCCCCCUCCUUCACCUCUGUCCUUAGCCCAGAGUACCCUAAAACCUACCUAGCACCCACACUAGACCCUGAACAGCCUACUAAACCCAACACCCCAGAGCCCACAGAGGAAGACAGGGUUGAAACCUCCCCACCUGCAGCACCAAAGCAAGCCCCUGUGCUUGAUAUGGACCACAGAAUGGCACCACUGUCAGAGACUACAGAGACAGGCAACACUGAGGCUGGGGAUGUGCCCCAGAAAGCUGUCGCCUACACCAGGGAGACGAGGCUGGGGGCGUACCUCAGCUCCCAUGGGAAGGAGGAUGGGAUGGGUGGUGUCAGAGACCGACUGGAAGGCACUGUUCCAAUCAGUCUGGCUCCCACUCUCCCUCCUCCCAUGUCUCGCCCUGAGAAAAAGACCUACAGCUGUGUCGAGUGUGGGAAAGAGUAUGCCAGCCGCAGUGGACUGAAGGGACACAUGAAGCAUCAUGGAGGGGUUGUCAAGGCAACACGUCCCCCUGUACGGAGCGGUCGAUCAGCGUCUGAGCGACUUCCUGCUAACACACCUACAAUGUCCUCCACCCCGCCAGCCACCAGGAGCAACGUGGGCUUCUGGAACCAGUACCAAGCAUUCCUCAACACUAGCAAUGACCCGGCAGACGACCCAGCACAAGGCCCGACCAGUGGCAGCCAAGGAGAGGACGGGGAGAUGCCCCGAUUGGCUGAAUCUCCUGUUAGAUCCCAACUGUCAAAGGAGCCGACCACUGGGAGGGGCUCAGGUGAGGGAUCUGAUGAAGGGCCUACUCUAGAGUCAAUGUGAUUGGCUCUGUGAUGCUCUGGUGCUCUCAAUGUACAUUCACUGUUCCUUUGGGUCAAAUUGUAUGGGCUUUUGUAUUGUAUUGCUUCCAAAAUAAUUUGAGUAGUCUGUCGGUUUGGUAGUACCUGAGUAAAUUGCUUAGUUAGUUUGUGAAAACUGUAAGUUGGCCAUCCUGGCCUUUUGUUUUAAAAGAGAAGGAAGCUGAAGGAUGCAAAAAGAUGACAUGACUCCAGGAUUGAGAGCUUGAGGAGGCCAGAAGUCACUGUCAAGAUGAUGAGAGUUGGAGCUGGUUUCUAGAAUGAGAACUCUGUUAGACAGAGACCUCUGUUAGACAGAGAGCUCUGUUAGCUCUUCUUUAGCUAGUUUUAAAGGUCAUUUUCCUGAACAGAGUCUGACUCCAUGUUUAUUUGAUAGAUAGAAUCUCUAAUAAAGACAUGCAUUGGAAAAGGAGGCAAGGUAGAGAGGAAGUAACACUGUUCACACAUAAACCAUUCCUUCAUUCAAUCAUAAAAGGGUAAGGUAGGUGGAACAGAUUGGGAGGGGUCACUAAACUAAACUCGUACAGCAGCUUCAACCCUGACAGCCUAUGGAGAUGCAGUCUCUCAUCCUCAACCUGCUACUGUACAAAACCUAAUCAUUUAUGUCAUGGUGAAUAACUCUAGAUUACUCCAGACUCUUCUUCCAACUGAUGGGCAGAGAAGCGCAGAGUAGAGGAGGUUGUGGUCUGCCAGGUAGAGACCCUUUCCUUUGGAUCUUAUGAAUCAGCUGAUUGUUGUUUGGUCUCACAGUGAUGUCCGUUUUCUGUAACUCGUUGUCUUCGGUUCAUGUUUGUGUCUUUACAACAACAACAAACAACAAAAAAGAAAAGAAUCAGAGGUGUACGUCUGAUAUUGUUGUGAGUUGUACUUUCAGUGUAUGCCAGAGAAUUAAGAUUGAUAAAAAAAAAAUAAAGAAACAGCAACUGGGAUGAA